UGUUGACAUUCAGGGAUGUGGCCAUAGAAUUCUCUCAGGAGGAGUGGAAAUGCCUGGACCCUACUCAGAGGAUGCUAUACAGGGACGUGAUGGUGGAGAAUUAUAGGAACCUGGUCUCCGUGGGAUCCUGUGUCUCUGAAGAUAAGUAGCAGCCUAUGGGAACUGUGUAUUCCUCAGCUGGCUCCUCCACAUGCUGGGGAAUAUCAUUGUUCUUAUGCACGUGACUGGCAAGUGGAGUCGCAAAAAUACCACAAAGACAAAAGAUCUGGGAUACUGUUCUGCUGCUCAUCACGAGGACACCAGAGAGUCACUGCAUGCAGCACUGCUGUCCUUCCCUGAUGUGAUCUGUCUGGGGCUCCUGCUCUGGGGCAGCAUCUCCAUCGUUUGCAUCCUGCACAGGCACAAGCAGCGGGUCCCCCACAUCCUCCCUUGAGUCCAGAGCUACCAAAACCAUCCUCCUGGACUGACUGCUAAAGACUCUUGGUACGUGAGGAAGAAACCCAGAAGAGGAAGAGAGGAAGAGGAAAGCAAAGGAGUCAGGGAUGGCUCUUUCUCAGGGUCUAUUGACAUUCAGGGAUGUGGCCAUAGAAUUCUCUCAGGAGGAGUGGAAAUGCCUGGACCCUGCUCAGAGGACUCUAUACAGGGACGUGAUGCUGGAGAAUUAUAGGAACCUGGUCUCCCUGGAUAUCUCUUCCAAAUGCAUGAUGAAGGAGUUCUCAUCAACAGCACAAGGCAAUAGAGAAGUGUUCCAUGCAGGGACAUUGCAAAGACAUGAAAGUCAUCACAUUGGAGAUUUUUGUUUCCAGGAUAUUGAUAAAGAUAUUCAUGACGUUGAGUUUCAGUGGCAAGAAGAUGAAAGAAAUGGCCAUGAAGCACCCAUGACAAAAAUCAAAAAGUUUACAGGUAGUACAGACCGAUAUGAUCAAAAUUAUGCUGGAAACAAGCCUAUUAAAUAUCAGCUUGGAUUCAGCUUUCAUUCGCAUCUGCCUGAACUGCACAUAUUUCACACUGAAGAGAAAAUUGAUAAUCAAGUUGAGAAGUCUAUCAAUCAUGCUUCCUCAGUUUCAACAGCCCAAAGAAUUUCUUGUAGGCCUGAAACCCAUAUUUCUAAUAACUAUGGGAAUAAUUUCCUGAAUUCUUCAUUACUCACACAAAAACAGGAAGUACACAUGAGAGAAAAAUCUUUCCAAUGCAAUGACAGUGGCAAAGCCUAUAAUUAUAGCUCACUAUUAAGGAAACAUCAGUUAAUCCAUUUAGGAAAGAAACAAUAUAAAUGUGAUGUAUGUGGCAAGGUCUUUAAUUCGAAGCGAUACGUUGCACGCCAUCGUAGAUGUCACACUGGUGAGAAACCUUACAAGUGUAAUGAGUGUGGCAAGACCUUCAGUCAGACGUAUUACCUAACAUGCCAUCGUAGACUUCAUACUGGAGAGAAACCCUAUAAAUGUGAAGAGUGUGACAAAGCUUUCCAUUUCAAAUCAAAGCUUCAAAUACAUAGGAGAAUUCAUACUGGAGAGAAACCCUAUAAGUGUAAUGAGUGUGGCAAGACCUUUAGUCAGAAGUCUUACCUUACAUGCCAUCAUAGGCUUCAUACUGGAGAGAAACCUUACAAGUGUAAUGAGUGUGGCAAGACCUUUAGUCGGAAGUCACAUUUUACAUGCCAUCAUAGACUUCAUACUGGAGAGAAACCUUACAAGUGUAAUGAGUGUGGCAAGACCUUUAGUCACAAGUCAUCCCUUACAUACCAUCAUAGACUUCAUACUGAAGAGAAACCUUACAAGAGUAAUGAGUGUGGCAAGACCUUCAAUCAGCAGUUAACCCUUAAAUGCCAUUGUAGACUUCAUAGUGGAGAGAACCCUUACAAAUGUGAAGAAUGUGACAAAGCUUACAGUUUCAAAUCAAACCUUGAAAUACAUCAGAAAAUUCAUACUGAAGAGAAUCCUUACGAGUGUAAUGAGUGUGGCAAGACCUUCAGCUGGACGUCAUCCCUUACAUACCGUCGUAGACUUCAUACUGGACAGAAACCUUACAAAUGUGAAGAUUGUGAUGAAGCUUUCAGUUUCAAAUCAAACCUUGAAAGACAUAGGAUAAUUUAUACUGGAGAGAACUACACAUGUAAUGAGUGUGGUAAGACCUUCAAUCAGGAGUUAACCCUUACAUGCCAUCGUAGGCUUCAUAGUGGAGAGAAACCUUACAAAUAUGAAGAACUUGACAAAGCUUACAAUUUCAAAUCAAACCUUGAAAUACAUCAGAAAAUUCAUACUGAAGAGAAUCCUUACAAGUGUAAUGAGUGUGGCAAGACCUUCAGUCAUACGUCAUCCUUUGUGUACCAUUGUAAACUUCAUAGUGGAGAGAAACCUUACAAAUGUGAAGAAUGUGAAGAAGCUUUCUGUUUCAAAUCAAACCUUGAAAGACAUAGGAGAAUUCACACUGGUGAGAAACCUUAUAGGUGUAAUGAGUGUGGCAAGACCUUCAGCCAGACAUCAUCCCUUACAUGCCAUCGUAGACUUCAUACUGGAGAGAAACCUUACAAAUGUGAAGAAUUUGACAAAGUUUUCCAUUUCAAAACAAACCUUGAAGGACAAAGGAGAAUUCAUACUGGAGAGAAACCAUACAAGUGUAAUGAGUGUGGCAAGACCUUUAGUCAGAACUCAUACCUUACAUGCCAUCAUAGACUUAAUACUGGGGAGAUACCUUAAAAGUGUAAUCAGUGUGGCAAGAACUGAAGUCAUACCUUACACGCCAUCGUAGACUUCAUACUGGAGAGAUACCUUACAAGGAUAAUGAGUGUAGGAAAACUUUUCAUGGGCAGUCAGCAUUUUACAAAUGUAAUGAUUGUCACCAUGUCUUCAGUAAUGCUACAACUAUUGCAAAUCAUCGGAGAGUCCAUAAUGAAGAGAGAUCCUACAAGUGUGAUAAAUGUAGAAAAUUUUUCAGACAUCCUUCAUACCUUUGCAGUUCAUGGGGGAAAUCAUAUUAGAAACCUUACAGAUGUGAAGAAUGUGAUGAAGCUUUCAGAUUCAAAUCAAACCUUGAUAGUCAUAGAAUUCAUACUAGAGAGAAACCUUACCAGUGUAAUGAAUAUGUGGCAAGGUUUUAAAUCAAAAAGCAAAGCUUGCACAUCAUCAUAGAAUUCAUACUGCAGAUAAACGUUACAAAUGUGAAGCAUGUGACAAAGUUUACAGUCGCAAAUCAAGCCUCGAAAGACAGGAGAAUUCAUACUGGAGAGAAACCUUACAAGUGUAAUGAAUGUGGUGAGGUUUUUAAUCAACAAGCACAUCUUGCACGUCAUCAUAGAAUUCAUACUGGGGAGAAACCUUAGAAAUGUGAAGCAUGUGACAAAGUUUACAGUCGCAAAUCAAGCCUCGAAAGAUGAGAAUUCAUACUGGAGAGGAAGUUUACAUAUGUGAAGAGUGUCACCAAAUUUUCAGUCACACAUCCUUGAAAAACACAGGAGAAUUCAUACUGGAGAGAUAGCAUAAAAAUGUAAGAGUUUGUGACAAGGCUUUCAGGUGUAAUUUGCACCUGACACAACAUCCUAGAAUUCACACUGGAGAGAAAGCGUACAAGUAUAAUGAGUGUGAGAGGUCUUUAGUGGGCAGUCAACACUUGUUUACCAUCAGGCAAUCCAUGGUGUAGGAAAACUUUACUUGUGU